GCGGGGGCUGCUCCGGAGUCGGCAGCGGCGGCGGAGGACGCACACCUCUCCCCGCGCGCGCCGCUUGGACGCCGCCGGCACCAUGGGCUGCUGCACCGGGCGCUGCUCGCUCAUCUGCCUCUGCGCGCUGCAGCUGCUCUCAGCAUUGGAGAGGCAAAUCUUUGACUUCCUUGGCUUCCAGUGGGCACCAAUUCUUGGAAAUUUUCUACACAUAAUAGUGGUCAUAUUGGGUUUGUUUGGAACCAUUCAGUACAGACCUCGAUAUAUUGUUGUGUACACAGUAUGGACUGCCCUCUGGGUCACCUGGAAUGUGUUCAUUAUCUGCUUUUAUUUGGAAGUAGGUGGGCUCUCUAAGGAUACAGAUCUGAUGACAUUCAACAUUUCUGUACACCGGUCAUGGUGGCGGGAGCAUGGGCCUGGUUGUGUCCGAAGAGUGCUGCCUCCGUCAGCCCACGGCAUGAUGGAUGACUACACAUAUGUCUCCGUCACAGGCUGCUUUGUUGACUUCCAGUACCUAGAGGUCAUCCACAGUGCUGUCCAGAUACUACUCUCUUUGGUCGGUUUUGUGUAUGCCUGUUAUGUGAUCAGUAUUUUCAUGGAAGAAGAGGACACCUGUCGAAAUAAGUAACGGCGCUGACUCUGAAACUUGGCUGCUGAACUUGACUUAGGAAGCAAAGCACCACUGAGAGCAUGUCUCCACAUUGACACGUUUCACUUCCUCCCAGAGGACGGCCUGCGCCUCCCUACUUCCCCACAAAUCAUGGAGUUCUUUGGUCACAGCCUAUGUAUUAUUAGCAUUGUGCGCUAGAUGAGUUGUAGGUGAUUGGGUGGGUAUUUUUUAAGUCAUUUUCUUCUUAUAUGAAUACUUGUAAAUUAUUUUUAAAAAUCGGUUUUUCAUUUUUUAACAAAUUUAAUGUGAGGCAUGCAAAAUGAAAAAAUGUCAUGAAAACCUUCUACAGUCAAUUCUAAGAGAAAUACUGGGUUUUGUAUUGAAGUGUUCAGUCAAUGUUGCUGACCACUGCGGUUAUCCUAUGCCUGAUGGAGUUUGCAUUCACAGACGUUACAGGGGACUACUCAAAGUGAGGUAGAUGCUGUGACAGCUGACAAAUGGACCACAGAUCUGACUUUCAGACUGACCAUGGGUCAUUGUUUCAACACCACAGGACAAAACAUGGAGUCUUUUGUUUUCAACUUUCCAAAAUGCAGAAUAACAUUAUGUCAGUCUAAAUUUUCACAUUCAUGCGCAUUAUCUUGUUCUUCCUGUAUUCUGAAAAGUAUAUAUCAAGGGGGCAUGGCAAAGUAACAUGAUUAGUAGGACACCUUUCCUCUUUUGGAGGGUACAUAGGUAUCUCUGAUGUUCAUAUUUUCAAUUCUUUAUCCCAAUUCUGACAUUGGCAUCUGAUCAAAACAUACAGAUGUGGGAUGGGGAGACAGAAAUCACAACUGCAAUUCUGCAGUCAGGGAUAUUGCUCUUAGAUAUCCAAAAGGAGUACUAACUAGAAUUUAAAUAAAAAUUUGAAAAAAAAAAAAAGAUAUCCAAAAGGAGCUUUAAAAUGGCAUUGAAUUUUCUAUAAAUUCUUCUUAAAAAGAUAUUUAUAUUUGUUUUAUAUCAAUUUUUCUUUCUCCUGCCCCAUCCCAAUAACCAAGAAAGUAAUAUCGGAAACAUAAUUUUCCAUGGGAAAAACAUUAUAGUUUUUCCUUUCAUAUAUUUCAAUUACUAUUUCCUAUAUCAAAAUAAGUCUUGCUCACUUUGUACAGCAACCAACAUGAGGCCCACCCAUUGGCCACGAUAUUGUGUACAUGUGCCUAUAUAAUCCAAAAGUUGUUAGUUUGGCCCAUGCAUCUCUAAGAAGUCAAUCUGUAAAUUAUCGAAAGUCAUAUGCAAAAUUUUUUUUCAUAUGCAAAAUUUUUAUGUGUAUAGAGAUUUUUUUUUUUUGGAGUCCGUAUAUUUUAUGAGACUCUGAAGAAUCAGAACUAAUACAACAAAGUCUGCCCUGGUUCCUCCCAGUUCAUGACAACCACCGUGGACAUUCUAGUGGCUCAUUUUAGUCCCUAGCCUUUCGAUUGUGCCCCCUCAGUCCGGUGAUGCACACUGAAACCCAUCAUUUUUCAUUCUACUGAAAAAACCCAAAUUCAAAAGAAGAGGAGUUCAUAGGGAAGCUCAUAGAUGGUCAAAUCCAAGCCACCAUUGCACAGUUGAGGGAUCUGAAACCUAGGGGAUUUGGUGGACUUGUCCAGAGUCCUGUGUGUAUACAGAGUGGCAAGAGCUAUGGCCAAAGGAAAGAGAAUUAAAGGGCAAAUGGUAGGGUUUGUGUCCCAGGCCCACCACUGUGGCUUUUGACAGUGCUGGACAUCUUGGCCUUGGAAUUUUACUCAUCUGUAAGGCAGAACUAUAAUCCCUCCCAAGAGAAAGGUGAGAAUCAGGUAAAAUGUAAAAUGUAUCCAGUCGACUGUGAAGCAUUCCACCAAUUGAAAGAGGCAGUUAUUAUCGUAAUAUCAGAACAAGUUGGACCCUGUCUGGAGCUCUUGCUGUACAGCCAAGUGUUAUGAAAACACCAAACUCUUCUAAGUUUUCUAAAAAGUAGCUUGAAAAAAAAUUGCCAUGUUCAAAUAAUUAGAAAUAAUGAAUACUAAAAAAUUUCAUUUCCUAAUUUAAAAAUAACAUUUAUAUUUCAAGGUUAAUACAUAUUAUUAUUAUGGAUGAAGCUAAUAGAAUAUCAAAAACAGAAAGCCAGUAAGACUAGAAUAAAACCAAUACAUGAGUAUUUUAAUUUGUCAUUUCAUUGCCCCCCCACACACACAUACACACAUGCGCACAAACAAAACGCAGUUAACAUUUCACAAAGUAGCACCAUACUAACUUUUCUUGCUGUAUUAUCUUGGUGUAAAUGUGUACAUACUGCUAAGAUGCACUGGAGAGUCCUAGACCUUGUGUAACUGCCAGUGACAGAUUUGAGGAGGAGAUCAUUACACUAGUGAUUUUUCUAUAGAUUUUCAAUAUAGGUAACUGCUUAAUAUGGGAUCCCAGCAAUCCAUAAUGAUCAUUCUAGAGUUCCAGAGAAUUUACCUUUCAUCAGAGACAGCUUAGAUCGAUCUCCUCUCCUUCCCACUUUUCUUCUCCCUACCUCACCCCUCUCCUGGCUGCCCCUUAGAGGUCCUGCUCCCCUAUGACAAAGGGAUGAAAAGAAGUGCUGAGCUUUACAGUAACACUCAGCAGUCAUCCUUGAUCUGGGUCUUUGCACACACUGCUGUCAUGGUCACUGCUCCUUAGGAGGGAGUGCCUCCAGUUCUUGCAGUUUUUGCCUCCUGUUGUAGGAGAUCCAUCCAGCACUGUGCAUUAUGCAGUGGGGCUUUCAACAGACCUGUUCAGUAUGUUCUCCAUUCGUGCCAAAUCUUGGCAUCUCCAUAUGCAACAUGUGUCCAGAGUAAGGGAACAUGAAUGUGUCCCUGAGCAUGCACUCAUUUGCCGGAGUCUCAGCAGCCUGAGAGAUGGUGCAGCUCUAGGUUCAAGAGUGGACCUGGCAAAGCUAAAGAUAGGAUGUCCACUGCCCAUUAGCCCCUAGUGCUGACUGGAAUGCAGAAGGGGAGAGUUAAAACCAAUGUUUUUUUUUUCUUCUUCUUCUUUGAACAAUCUUGGUAUUGUGUCAUAUAAAACCUUGGUGAACCCUACCCCAGGCUGUAUCUUCUAUCGUGUCCAUGACUUAUCCUUUUGCUGGCAUUGUGUGUCCACAGGCACCUGGGAUGCUUUCCAGCCUUCCUUCUAUUCGUUUCAGCUUCCAGCUAUAUUUCAUGACUGCAAAAGAGGAGUUAAAGAGCAUGUAGCCUGUUAGAGAAUUCCCAGGAGACAGAAUACAUCUUGAGGCAUAGAACCAUCUACGUCAGACAAAUCUCAAACAUCUCUUAGGAAAAGCUCUAAGCUAAUAUAUCCUCAAGUAUCUUAAACCUUUAACCUGCCCUAUAACGUGAGGGUAUGUGUCCCUAAAACAAAAACUUAAGUUCCUAUCACUUGAAAACUCGGAGGCUUUUGACUUACUUUUCUUGAAGAUAACUUGACACCUUGCCCUAGCAAAAUAUUGACUUCUUUCUCUCUUUCCUUCAGCAAAAUAAGUGCUGCUAUUUCCUAUAGACCUCACUAAGGAAGGUAGCCAGCUUCAAGAGGCUGGAUCUAACAAAAUAGAGCAAGGCUGUCAUUUGUCUCACUUAAUGAAUGGGACACUCAUGAUUGAGAAGAAUUUGUGUUCCCUAGAACACCAGCUAAAAUGUGCGUUGCAAAGCUGAGGAAAACCAUCGUGACUCUGCUAAAUUGAGAAGCAAAUAAAAACCAAAAUUGCACUUUUCAAUCUUCGUAAAUUAGAAAGGAAGCUUGCCGAAAAUAAACAUCUUCGUUUUAGACCUAAUUUAAAAAUUUAUACUAUCCCAAAAUGUGGACUCAGUAGGGAGUGAAUAUUUUGGCUUCUCCUUUCUGAGUCACCUUAGUAUGUAACUAGGAGAACUUUUACAGUUGAUUAGAAUUCAAAUGUUCUAACUUGACAUUUUAGCUCAAGGUAGGAGCUGCUUUCAGGGGAUAACUGAAUUAAGCAGGAAAAAAUACAAAUAAUUGAUCUUUUUAAACUUAGAAACCUUGAAUGUCUGUUUCUCUUGUUUCCUUCCCAUUUAGGAGUCAUCUGUAACCUUUGCCGGAUAGGUUUGUGAAAGUGUCUGUUAAACCUGCUGAAAUAUUCAUGAUAAACAGGCCCACAACCUAAGAAUGUUAUGUCCAAAAGUAGAACUGAAAAAAGAAACCACUGCUCGUAUGACUGCAUAAUGUACAAUGCAGAAUUGGGGCAGGUAUAUUUUAAUUGUUAGAGGAAAGUAUUUAUUAAUAAAGAAUUCUCCAAAAAACAAAAUUCUCAAAAAUUUUAAAAUUUGUAGGCAGCUUCUCUCUUUUCAUCCUAAAGAAGCUUAAUUUCUUUAUUGAGGACUAAGGUGGGGGGAAGGGGGAGAGGCAGGGAGCCAUUUCUAGAAAGUGGAUAAGCUUUCUUAAGUAUCAAUAUUUCUAGAAAAAUUUGGUGUCAGAUGAAAAACUAAUCAUUUUCCUUGGGCCUGCAAGCAUAUAAAAGACAAGAAUCAUGUUAAAUGCUAAACAUUUUAAAACUAUGAAAUAUUCAAAGAAUCUAAAAUAUGCUUUGGUUUGAACUUGAGAGUUAAAUUAAGUAAAAAGAAGAAAAAGAAAUGAGGUAGGAGAGAGAAAAGAGAUGUAGGAAAGGGGAAAAGAAAGGGAGGGAGAAAGGAAAGAAGGAAGAAUCCAAAAUUGAAAGUCUACCUAAUUUGAAUGUGGAGAUGUCAGUCCUUCACUUAGAGUUCUUGUGCUCCUUUCUUUGACUAAAAACAUGGAACCAUUUUCUGUCAAGGGCAUGCUUUUUCUUUCCUCUCCAGAGUUAGGUUUUUGUUUUGUUUUGCUUUGUUUUAAACAGUUGGAAGAAACCAAUGAUCUUUCUAGCUAUUCUCAUAGAACUUGCUUUGGCAGGUAAACUUGUCAGUCUAUAAUAGUUAGGAUUAGAUUUACCUACAGAAGAGAGAAAGAAAUAAAAGAAAAGAAAAGAAAAGAAAGAAAGAAAGAAAGAAAGAAAGAAAGAAAGAAGGAAAGAAGGAAAGAAAGAGAAAGAACGAAUGAACAGUGGCUUAAACAAGAUGGAGGUCUAGACCUCUUCAUAUUUCAAAAUUCUAGAAAUAGUCAGCAAAGAGCUGGACUUGGAUUCCCUAGAGAUGAGGACCCAGGUUCUUUCUUCUUUUUCAUUAUGUGUCCUGCCAUUCUCAAGCUCUAACACAAUUCAAGAUGGCUGCCAAAGUGCCAGCCAUUGCUUUUGUAUUCCAGCCAAAAAGAAAAAAGGGACAGAGAAAGGUGCUUCUUUCAUUUAAGGACAUGUCUCAGAAGCUGUACAUACUACUUCUGCUUACAUCCCAUUAGCUAAAACUUGGUCCACCCUAAAUUUAACUGCAAGGAAAGCUGGGAAUUAUAGUCUUUAAUCUUGGUAGCCUAGUACCCAUCUAAAUUUAGGGGCUUCUUUCUUAUUAAGGAAGGGAAAUAUGUAUUGAAGAAUGUUUAGCAGUCUCUGCCAUACAAUUCAUAUUAGUUUGCAUGAUUUUUUAGAAUAAUGUUUUCAUUUAACUAUAAUACAUAAUUGAAAAAAUACAUCAAUUCUGUGAGAAAAUAAUCAUUGACUCUUGAAAUGAGAAUUUCUACCUCAUCUUUCUACCUUUCUUCCUAGAAAGAAAAAAUAAAUAAAUCUAUGACCCAAGAUCCUUCUAUGUUUUCCACAAUUCUUCAGAGUUGUGAAGCUUUCCUUUCCUGGAAAUUAAAUUUUAGCUUUCCUUUCCUGGAAAUUAAAUUUAAAAUUCAAGAGCCAAUCUGAUGUUUUGCUUGGUCCUCAGUAUUGUGCUACAAAAAUAAAUUUUUUCUCCUAUGGUUAUAACUCUUCAACUACUUUAUUUUAGCAGCAUCUUUUCUUCUAAUUGAUUAGCAGUGUCAUUAUUUUCUUUUUAUUCAAUUCAACAAAUUUGUGUGGACAUUGAUGCUUAGGAAGGUGGGGCAGGAUAUAUAGAUGGAAAGUAUAUAAUCCUUUUCUUGUUAUUUUCUCUCAGUAAAAGUUAGGCCUGUGUUUUCCCUUCAUCUGUUUUUCAAGAACAUAUUGGCUACCGUGGAAUGAGUAUUUUAAACUACUUGAUAGUCUUUUACUCUAAGAGAAACUACAAUUGAGGGAAAUCAUAAAAAUUUUGUAAUUACAUUUUAUCAAACAUCUCUCCUAGGCUGGGUGGGGGUAGGGGCAGAAAGAGACAGAAAAACAGAGACAGAGAAACCUUCAUACUAUUUAUUAAUACUACGAGGUGAUUUCACUCACUGAAAAGUGUUAUAUUCUCCUAAUAUCCAGUGACUGCAAAUUGGCAGCCAUCACUAAUGAUUGAGGGAUUAGUUGAGUUAGGCACAUUGUACACCCGCAUCCACCCACAAACUUGAACACCCGAGUGUAUCCUUUUCUAAACAAUCACUUUGCUAAAAUGUGCCAUGUGACCCAAAUCCCUUAACAACAAAUAACAUAAGGUCAUUUUAAGGAUUGAACGUUAAAAGAAAUAAGAUGCCUAGAGCAAGAAACAAGAUGCCUGGUGCAGGAUCCAGUUGUAGAAUAGAAGGACCCCAGUGACUCCUUUGCUCAGUUUACAGAUGAGGAGACAGGCUGAUAGCUGCAGUGGCUUGUCCCAUGUCCCUUUGGGUCUGCUAUGCAAGCUCUCAGCCCAGCCUUCUUUACUCUCUCGUUGGUGGACUCCAGCUGUCACAGGUCCUGACUAACUAGGCAUGGGCUGUUGAUUGCAGUCUGAUGAUUUUUUUCACCUUGUCUUCAGGGCUCAGGACAGCUGAGGAAGACACCUGCUGUUGGCUCCUCCCCCACCACCUUCCCUCUGCUUGGAUCUGAGCAUCAGAAAGUCCCCCGCUGAUUGGCUUUCAUCUUGCCAUUUUGUCUUCUCAGGACAAACAAAAAAUCCCAGAUCUCAGAUCACUGCUGAUUGCUUCCCAAAAAACAGAACAGCGCAGUAUUUCCGGCCUUCUCCUUUCUUUACUUAUGGUUUAAACAUCUGACCUUAUCAAGUCUUCUCAUGAUUUUUGGUCAUCCAGCAAAACCACUGGUGUCAGUGUCUUCUAAAGACUUUUGUUCAUGAGGAAGUGAUUUUGCAAAUAAUUGCUUGAAGUUGCUUUUUAACUGCCUCACAUAGUUUCACUUCUUUUAAGCCUCAUUCUUACAAGAGAAUUGCUCUCUUUCUCUGCUGGCUUCUUAAAUCUAUUUCAAACCUCAAAUAGCAGACAUUGAAUGCAGUUUUACAAAAUAGUUUACUUGGGUCCCCUAUGUAAUAUGAAACCAAGAGCCUAGUCAUGGUGAUUAUUCCUAUUGCAUUCAGAUAAUGAUGAUACAAAUAGAGUAUUAUAAGUGUGACUGUUAAUCAGCCUUCCCAUUCCUUCAGCAGAACUUGCCUUGUGCUGUGAGCCUUCUCUUUAUACUGUCUAGUGUUUUUAUAAUUAUAAACUGUCACAUUUAACCCAUUUAUUAACCCAUUAUUAACUGUCACAAUUAACCCAAUAAUUUACAUUAGUUAGUUAAAUAUUUAACCCUAAAUAUUUAUUUAGGUUCUUCUGUGGCUCUUCACUUUUGCCAUCACUCUAAGUAAAAAAAGAGUUUCCUGCGCAAGACAUUUUUAGGCAAAAUAUAAUGUAUGGAGCACCAAGUUCAAUAACUUUAGAGAAUGAAAUUUAGGACAAUUCGUGUGGCAUACUUACGUUGUUUUUAUAAGCCAGGCAAAGCUCAUUAAUUCCAUUUUAUUCAUUAUUUUUAAACCACUUGUUUAGUGUAGUGAAUUUUUUUAAAAAAUCAAUUAAUUGAUCUUUGGAUUUUUAAAAUAUCACAGAGGAAGGCUAUCGGUUACAGAACACAAAUAUCUAAAGUUCAUCCAAAAAUCGAAAUUUCCUGGCCCUUUGUAAAUUUUUUUUUUUUUUUUUUAUGCUCCCAGGCUUUGCUCUAAAGUCUCUGAGCUUGAGUCACAUUGGUCCCAUUAAUCUUUGUCAAGAAGGAAGUUUGGAGGGAGGGUUGAAAAGGCCAACCCCAGAUCCUGUUUUAUUCUUUCUUCAUUUGUUUCAGGGCCCAUGGCCAUCAGCCCUCCUUGAUUUUAUUCUGCCUGAGUUUCACAUUUUCAUAGGUAUAAAUAUGGGGCUGCAUGAUAAUUACUACCCCUUAAAAAAAUGGAGAGUUUUCAUUAAAGUUUUCCUGCAAAUCUAAGAUGCCAUGUGAUAAAUGCUAGCAGCACAGAGUACUAUUAGCCCGCAUGGUAACUGUAGGCAAGACUAGGUCGUGUUCUCAUUUAAAGACAUAGAUAUUUCAAUUUCGUCCUGCCUGACUCAAAGGGAAUUUGGGUGUUAACACUUCAAAAUACUUUUAAGUCCUUAGGGAGAAAAUCCAAAGUGAAAAGUAUUAAUUUCCAAUUCAGUUCCUAAAGCAAAAUGCCUGCCUCAGAAUAACAAAGUUAUUUCUUAUCCUGUGGCAGAAACGUAUAGGUGAGAACUCCCACUGAGACCUCCCAUCUGAACACACUAAGGAAUUUCUGCCAUUGUAGGUAAAGAGACAGAAAAAAAAAAAAAAAAAACUGGCUUCUCAGUUGUGCUUACCUUUCAAAUUUUUCUAAGACUCCCUUUAUGUGACAAGAACUCUGCCAACAGGCAACCUCAUCUAUCCACAACAGAACAGAGAACCGAGAAACAAAUGAAAAAGCUUUCUAUCCCUGUAAAUGUUGUAAAAUCCACAUUCUACAACUCCUGCGUUUUUUUUUUUCUGUAGAAAAAAAAGCAUUUAUUUAAAUCCUAGUUACUCCUAAUUUAUACACAAGUCUAAUUACCUUAAAGUCCUAGUUUUCGACCACAUUUCGACAACUGAAUUGUAAGCCUAAAAUUACAAAGGGAGCUAUGUAUAAAAUAAGCAGAAGUAGUGAAAGUCAUAUAAUAUACUCUGUCUCAAAGAACAGACACAGAACACUAAUAUAAAAAUCUAUAGCACAGUUGUCUGGGGAUAUUGAAGGUGAGAAUGAAUACACUUAGCAGAGUCUGUGGACUGUUGACAUUGCAUUGCUUCAGGGAGCAGCUUUUUAUUCAUACAAUGAUCCAUAUGAUAUUUUUAUCUUAUCAAUAAAAAUAUUUAUUGGGAAUUAGGAACGGGAAUGCCUUACUCAAGAUACUUUCAUCUGUCCUAAAAUUAUAUUAUUCACUUUUAUUUAAGUAUGACAAUUUACUGUCAUCUCCUGCAAAAGUUUUCAGAUAAUCAUAUGAAUCUCCAGUGUCUACAGUUUGAGUAGGAGCCCUUGACACCUGGCACUGCUGUGCCCUGCCUGACCUGCACAUUAUAUGCUGGCCUUGGUGGUCAAUACAGUCUUUUCUAAUAAUUAGGUAUGUAAAUUUCACUUUAGAAAACUCAUGAUUCAAAUGCUUAAAAUUAAGAUGCUUGGGUAUUAAAACGGUUAAAAUAACUGUCAUACCAAAGACAUUCCCUGAAUGUCCUAUGUAGGAGCCAUGUGCUAGUAAGAAGACAUCUCUGGUGGGGAAAAAAAAAAAGAAUAGAUUUUCAAGAUUGUGGGCCUUGGUAUUAGCUCUCUGGAAUGUUCCCCUUUGAUAAAUUUUCCUCCACCUUACAGUUGCCGAAUUAUUUCUUCUGGUAGAAGGCCUUGAUUUCUUUUUCAGUUGCAAAGAUCUCAACGUCCUGGGAUAUUUCAGAGAAAAAGGAAGUCUUUGAAGAAAGCGUGAAUGUGGCACCCCUUUUUCCAUGGGAAGUAGUUCUCCUGCCCACAUUCAUCAAAACAAACUUGCUUCCUGGUGCGUUCUUGGCCUAUCAGCAUUCCAAAAUAGGAAAUCUCUCUUUGAUAGUGGCAGCAUAUAUCAAACUGGGGUGUGUAGUUUCUUCUUCUUUCUUGGAUAAUUCCGAUCUGCUCUUUGGUGUGUAGAACUGACAGGACUCAAAAGCUACCACUGGUCUUGAAGUUUCUCUGCAGGUUGUUGCCAUACUAGCAUCGGGUACACCAGCUACGUGGGUAAGACAGGAUGAGAUGACCUCCUUCACUCUGCCCCACGUGCCAGUACCCACUGAUGGCAACCUAUGGCUGCUGCUUCUUUCUUUCACAUCACCCCAGCUGAUCACUUUCUAUAUGUGAGGUGUGCAGGCACUAGCCACUGGCACAUAAAAUCAUAACGGAGAGUUUUCCAGCUAGCAGCCUACAAUCCAGUUGUCAAGAGGUGUAUUAACCACACAGUCCUAAAUCAAUGCCCGCUAGGGCUCGGCACAGAAGGGCCCUCAUGGGAGAUGCUGGGGCUUUCCUUCUUCUGAAUCGAAAGUCCCAGCAAUUGCAAGAGGAAGGAGAACCCAUUCACAACCUUCCUCUCUCUCUCCCUGUGUUUCAAAAAAAUACUUAGUGAGCACCUACUUUGUGUAGGAAGCUGGGAAUCACCAAUAAAUCAAAUACACAUCUUUGCCUUGAGAAGUUUACAGAAGAAAUCCAAAUAGCUUACAGGUGGUCAGUAAAUUGCUUUCCUUGGGUCCAGGUUCUGGAAGGGACAUCUAUUCACUCUAUGAUCUUGAGAUCUCACUAGGCCGUAGAUGGUCCUCGUUCAUUUAGGCAAGCAUGUACCAUAUUUUUUGUUGUGACUUUAUGAAAGAACACAUUGACAAAAUGAGCCUCUUAUGGCUCAGGACCUGAAUAACAAAUGCCAGAACUGCAGGCACUCAUGUCCCACAAACCGAAGCAAAGUUGAAGGACCUCUGGAUUUCUAUGAAAGGUAGCAAGUCUACAGCUCCUAGCUAUCAACAGCAAUUGUGGUCACUAUUUGCUUAAGUGAGAUCCACAGACAUUUUCUUGUUACAUCUGGGGUGAUCUGAGAGUGGUGCCCUAGGGGCUUAUUCGAUGGGUCAGUGUUUAAAUAAAAACCAGGCCAGACAGAUAAGGGAAGUCACUAAAAGAGCAAAAGCAAUGCUAAAUGCCGUCCCCAUGCAUAAUUAGAUUAUGCAACACAUGGCUCUUUCUUAACUAUUGUUUCUAGCUAGAUGUCAUUAUUAUUUUACUACAACUACUGCUGCUGCUGCUACUACUACUACGACUACUACUACUACUACUACUACUACUACUACUACUACUACUACACUACUACCAUUGAAAGCACAGUAGCAGUAUUUAAUUGAUAAGAAUGUCUCUUUGUUGCUGUGACCAAUGGUAGAAAGUUUGCUCUCACAUUUGAAAUUCCAACUCUGCCAUCUUGUGGAAAACAAUUGGAAGUACCUAAAGCUUUUCCUUCUAUUUCAAAGGCCAGGACCUGCUGGUUAAGAAAACAGGAAGACAGGACAUUGCACCUCCUAUUUCUACAUAUUUUUAACCUUUAACAUUUUUACCAGCAGAAGUCAUUAAAAAAAAGAAGUUUCUGUCUUGAACAAUUCUUAGAUGGCUUGCCAACCUAGAUGUGUCUCAAUCUUGACACUGCAACUUAAUGUAAAAAUCUUGAAUGAUAUUUUGUACCAAUAUGAAUUUCUACUGCCCCCAACACUGUGUGGUGACUUCACUGUAAAUUAACUUCUUUUCUACAGCUUUUUGAGCUACCAGGUGAAUUAACUGAAAAAGUUGAAUCCUGUUAGGAACCAAUCCUAGAUGACAUUGGUAGCCUGUGAAAAAUGAAUGUCUUUUUUCUUAUAUAAACUGGUAACAAGACUUGUUUUCACAAUUCCUUUUUACAUUUUUGUGCAUAUAAUACCUGUAUAUUAUACUCAUAUUCUAAAGUGACCAGAAAGUGUUAUUUAAUAGAAACUACAUACAUUUUUUAUGUCUCUAUAGACCCUUUGAUUCUGGGUACAUUUACAAUAAGUUAGCAGUAAAAUAGACUAUUCUUUUCAAGUAUGAAU